UUGAGCAACAUCCUCGCGAACACGACAGCGCCGCGCUUGGAUGAUGACUUGAAGCUGGAAGCCGCCAAGGUUCGGAGGGAGAAAUCGCUCCUUGAGAGGGCCUACAAGGCGUGGCGCAGCUGGAAGGAGGAGAAGGACAAGUCCAAGCGUGCCCGGGAGGAACAACGAAGGAAGCGCCAAGAGUUUGUAAAGCAAGGUGAAGAGGACGAGGUAGAGGACCGUGACCCGUGGGAGACCGAGGAAUUGAGACUUCGCGCCACAGCUGCAGAGCUUUGUGCAGAGCUGCUGGGAGGUGAAGCAAAAGGGACCCCGAAAGUGCUGCUUGAAGAGCUGGAGAAGUGGUUUGAGCACUGCCUGAGAAUGAUGAAAGGGCACCGGCAGAGGUGGAACAGGCAGGUGCGAGAGACGUUCGAAGAGCAUUCCGAGUCCCUCAACGAGCGUUUCGAUGCCCUGCUGGGGGAGCUGGAAGGCGAAGAUGGCUUCACGAUCUGCUGUGAAAAGUUGGGCCACGAUGCCGUGCCGGACAUGAACCCAGCUGCGCCAGCUCAGGAGCUGCCUCUGGCUGAGAAUGGUUUUCCAGGAGAGAUUCGCCGAGACUGCCAAGUAGCACGAGACGACGCAGAGAAGCCCGAACAGGAUCCGGCGGAAGAGGUACCUGUACCCGAAACAGAGGAAGAGGAGCACCUCGCACCAGCGCGGCCGAAAAACACAGCGAUCAAAGAAAGCGAUGAAACGCAGGCCAUCA